AUGGCGCAGCCUCACCCCACUCUCAUCAACCUGCCUCCUCCAGGUUCAAACCCGGACACGCCCUCGGAAAUGCCCGGCACGCCCACGAGCACCACCACCUCCAUGUCCGCCCUCUCGACCACAGCCAUCAAAGACGGCCAACGUGGGCAUCUUCCCCAUGGACACACCGACAGAGGUCACACUCACAACCCUUCGACCCAGAGCCUCGAGGCCGAGCGCGCUGACCGCAUCUCGCGCCUUGCCGGCCUCGAGCGGGUCUCGACCCUGCGCGCCUCGGGCCAGCAGCAGCUGGCCGGCGGUGUCAAUUCUUUCUCGCCGCAGACCGCGUCCACCUCGACAUACGGCUUCCCCCCGAACAACCCGAAUCCGACACCAGCCUACUUCGAUGCCCAGGGCCAGCCAACGGCUGCUACCAAGAUGAGCACGGUCGGCACAGCCAGCGCCACAGCAAGCUAUGCGGGCGGCGAUGACGAGACACGCACAGCCCCGGGCGAUCGCGACGAGGAUCUGCAGAGUACGGACACAAAUUAUCGAGGUUCGGGCUCCGUCACCAGCGUUGGUGAACCCGAACACAUGGAUGAGGACAUAGAUGGCGCAGCCCGAUCUGUCGGUGGCUACGAGGAUCGCAUGAGCGAUGACGGCUCAGCAAGCCUCGUAGGCUUUGGUGAAGGCGCCAACAGUACCGUCUCCGGUCCCAUCUACCACCGCCGGCCCAUUCCUGGCCUGGCGAACGCGCAGAGUGGUUCCGGUGUCCAGUGGGGUUUGGAAAGGAACAAUUCGGGACUCAGCGACACGCCGAGAAGCCGAGGGGAUGUCAUCAUGGGCGGGGACACACCAACAAGUGCUGCAGCGAUGCAGCAGCGGAGGGACGCCAAGUUUGCGGAUGGAUUCGCUGCCGAAACCGGUCGUGACGAAGACAUGUUCGUAGAUCCGAGCAACCGCACACCAGGGUCGGCGGGGCAGUCUCCAUUCACUGCGCAGCCGCCUGGGGCCCAGCAGGCGUUUCUGCCGGGGCGGAUGCCGACGUCGACCGCGCGGGACGCUGUCGAACGCAUGGUCGGCGCCGGCGGGCUGGAUGGCAGCGAAUCCAGAGGUGCAGCCCAGCCAGGGCAAUUCGAGUUCGAGGAACGCAAGUAG